AUGGCCGGCGGGCCGGCGCGGCCGCCGCUGCUGCUGGCGCUGGCGCUGCUGCUGGCGGCGGGCGCGCGGGGCAAGCCGACGGCGCGGCAGGAGCGGGCGCGGCCCGGCGGCCCGCAGCAGCACGACGACCGGCCCGGCUUCCAGUACGACCACGAGGCCUUUCUGGGCAAGGAGGAGGCGCGCAGCUUCGACCAGCUCAGCCCGGAGGAGAGCAGGGAGAGGCUGGGGAAAAUUGUGGAUAGAAUAGAUGACAACAAAGAUGGCUAUCUCACAACAGAGGAAUUGAAAAAUUGGAUUAAAAGGGUACAGAAACGCUACAUCUAUGAAAAUGUGGCCAAAGUUUGGAAAGAUUAUGAUCUAAACAAGGACAAUAAAAUCUCCUGGGAAGAAUACAAACAAGCCACAUAUGGCUAUUAUCUAGAAAAUCCAGAAGAAUUCCAAGAUGCAACUGAUCAGCACAAUUUUAAAAAAAUGCUGCCCAGAGAUGAAAGACGGUUCAAAACUGCAGAUCUGGAUGGAGACUUAGCUGCCACUCGUGAAGAAUUCACUGCCUUUCUUCACCCGGAGGAAUUUGAGCAUAUGAAAGACAUUGUUGUCUCAGAAACCUUAGAGGACAUAGACAAAAAUGAGGAUGGUUUUGUGGAUCAAGAUGAGUACAUUGCUGAUAUGUUUGCAAAUGAAGAAGGUGGACCAGAGCCUGACUGGGUGAUUACAGAGCGUGAACAGUUUUCCGAUUUUCGUGACCUCAACAAGGAUGGAAAGAUGGACAAACAGGAGAUUCGACACUGGAUUCUCCCACAAGACUAUGAUCAUGCACUGGCUGAAGCCAGGCACUUAGUCUAUGAAUCAGACGUAGACAAGGAUCAAAAACUAACAAAAGAGGAGGUUCUAGACAACUGGAAUAUGUUUGUUGGCAGUCAAGCUACUAAUUAUGGGGAGGACCUCACAAGAAACCACGAUGAACUAUGAUAGAGUGUACAAAGCAGUAUGCCACAGACCUUUUCUCUACAUCACAGAAGUCACCAUGUCCAUCCCACCUUUUGGAAUGGACAAGGGAUACUUUCCAAAGUGAAUGACUUGUAUCAAUAUAUUUUUAACAUACCAGCUUAUUACCUCAGAAACUACAUAGAAAUAGCCUUUUACUCUUUUCACACUGUUAAACUGUUAAUCUUAUUACUACAAUUCUAUUUUUUUUUGGGGGGGG